CCACUCUCACCAUCAGAAAGCCCAGCUCAAGUUGUGACCUCUUUCACUUUGUCCGGGUCACCGUGGAUGGCCUCCCGGACCCUCCUGGAGUUCCAGUCCUCCAACCAGAGCCAGCUCCCACCUCCAAAUGCCACGUCCUGCGACAGCGCUCGGGAAGCCUGGGACCUGCUGCAUAGAGUCUUACCCACAUUUAUCAUCACCAUCUGCUUCUGUGGGCUGCUGGGAAACCUCUUUGUGCUGUCCGUCUUUCUCUUGGCCCGACGGCGUCUGAACGCGGCAGAAAUCUAUCUGGCCAACUUGGCGGCUUCCGACCUGGUGUUCGUCUUGGGCUUGCCCUUCUGGGCAGAGAACAUCUGGAAGGAAUUCAACUGGCCUUUCGGAGCCCUCCUCUGCCGCGUGGUCAACGGUGUCAUCAAGGCCAAUCUCUUCAUCAGCAUCUUCCUGGUGGUGGCCAUCAGCCAGGACCGCUACUGCGUGCUGGUGCACCCCAUGGCCAGCCGGAGGCGGCGGCGACGGCGGUGGGCUCAGGCCACCUGCGUGCUCAUCUGGGCCGUGGGGGGCCUCCUAAGUAUCCCCACGUUCCUGCUGCGCUCCGUCAAAGCUGUCCCGGAACUGAACAUCUCCGCCUGUGUGUUGCUGUACCCCAGCAAGGCCUGGGCCUUUGCAAGGAUGGUGGAGUUAAACGUGCUGGGGUUUCUCCUCCCACUGAUUGCGACUGUCUUCUUCAACUAUCACAUCCUGGCAGCCCUGCGAGGGCGGGGGGAGGUCAGCAAGACAAGGCACGGGGAGGCCACGGAUGGCAAAACCACGGCCCUGAUCCUCGUGCUUGUGGCUGCCUUCCUGCUCUGCUGGACCCCCUACCACUUCUUUGCUUUCCUGGAAUUCCUGUUCGAGGUGGGGGCUGUCAGAGGCUGCUUCUGGGAGAAUUUCACCGACCUGGGCCUGCAAUGGGCCAACUUCUUUGCUUUCAUCAACAGCUGCCUAAAUCCAGUGAUUUAUGUCUUUUUGGGCCGGCUUUUCAGAACCAAGGUCUGGGAACUUUAUAAACGAUGCAUCCCUAGACGACUGACUCCAAUAUCCACGUCCCACAGAAAAGAAAUCCGUCAACUUUUCUGGCGGAAUUAA